AUGUUGUUUUCCUUCGAUGAACCACAGAACAAGACUAUUGCCCAAACAUCUUACUUAUUUCCGUACACUGGACUUUUCCUUUUUGUUUUUGGGACACCGAUCUUUCAUUCUGCUUCUUUUAGUUUCCCUUCUGUUGAAAGCGCCCCAAUACUCUCUUUUUUCCUUUCCUUCUUAUCCCUUUUCGUCGCCCCCUUGCCGCCCUCCUCCUCCAAUACAAUUUCGUUCACUUUUCCUUAUUUCCUCCUUCUUCCUUUUUUACUUUUCGUUGUUGUUCUGUUCACUUCUGCCUCUCCCCGACCGCCAUCAAAGGACCAGUGCACCACCACUCUUUCGUUCCCCUCACACUACAUCGACAACAAUAGAAACUUAGCAAGGUGCCGAUGUUGGCGAAGGCGAUCGGUGGAAGUGGUCAGGACCGCCAUCGAUGAAAAAAAUCCACAACAAGCGGCAUUCAAUACUCACUCGAUUGGUCCUGCAAGAAGCAAUUCUUUCUGUGUCUGUCUCGGUUUGAACCAACGACGUAGACGUUGUAUCCGAUUUUCUACUUCAUCACUGCUCAGCCACAUCAAAGAAAGAUGUGCAAUCAAAGCGAAUCACCAUUCCACUUUACUUCUUCAUGCCUGUAGACAAGGAGCUCCGCCUUUCUCUUUCUUAGUGAAAUCAGAUGAAUUAUUGUGGAAACACCCAUACAUCCACAUCCCAUCUGGUUUAUCUGGUGUAACAGAGUUACGCACACAAACUAUUUGUAGAAAUGCCACACAAUUUCUCUGUGUUUAUAGAUGCAUGGUUGGAGUAAUUCUUUCCUGGGCAUUGUUCAGCUUUGCUCGCCACAUGUUCGAUGAAAUGCCUUUGAGGCAUUCAUAA